AUGUCCGCCGUCGCCCGCCUGCGCGACCGCACGUCCGACUUUCGCGCGCUCCUCUCGGCGCACGAGGGCGACGUGGCCGCGUCGAGCAGCUCGCGCCUCGUGCAAGCGCCGCGCGAGACGCCCGGCGCGCGCGGCGAGUUCGCCAAGCGCGCCGGCGCCGUCGCGCGCGAGAUUGCAGACACGAGCGCCAAGCUCGGCCGUCUGGCGCAGCUGGCCAAGCGCAAGACGCUCUUCGACGACCGGCCCGUCGAGAUCUCGGAGCUGACGUACAUCAUCAAGCACGACAUUGCCGGCAUCAACGGGCAGCUCUCGCAGCUGCAGACGCUGCACCUCGCCUCCAAGGCCAAGCCCGGCGCGGCGAAGCGCGACCGCGCCGAGGAGCACCGCGGCAACGUCGUCACGCUGCUGCAGAGCCGCCUGGCGGGCGCCACGAGUGCGUUCCAGGAGGUGCUCGAGGUGCGGACGAAGAACAUGAAGGCGUCGCGCGACCGCAGCGAGCAGUUUGCCUUUUCCGGCGGCGCACCGGCGCCCGGGCAGAACUCCGACUCGCCGCUCUACAAGCCGCACGGCGGCGCGCAGGCGGCGGCCGGGAGGGCAGCCUUCGACCCGGCGCUCGCGGGCGCCGACGGGUAUGAUCCAAAGGCCAAGGGCGGCGGCGAGUUCCUGGCGCUGGACAUGGGCCAGCAGCAGGACCAGAUGCUGCUGAUGGAGAGCGGCGGCAACGAUGCGUACCUGCAACAACGCUCCACGGCCAUCGAGUCGAUUGAGUCGACGAUCUCGGAGCUGGGACAGAUCUUUGGGCAGCUGGCGCACAUGGUGCAGGAGCAGGGCGAGACCGUCACCCGGAUAGAUGCCGACGUCGAAGAGGUCGGCCUGAAUGUCGACGGCGCGCAGCGCGAGCUGCUCAAGUACUUUGCCAAUGUCUCGAGCAACCGCUGGCUGAUGCUCAAGAUCUUUGGCGUCCUCAUCGUCUUCUUUCUGCUCUUCAUUGUCGUCAGCUAG